AAUACCAAUACGUGCUCGGUUCGGUUGUGAUGUCCGGUUCUACACUUCAACUCGAUAAUUGUUGAUAGAUAGAGCGGUACGAAAUAUAACGCUCCAGUAAUUAAGGAUGUCAUUUCUACCGGACGAGCUUUGGAGACGAAUAUUAGAGAUUGGAGUCCAAAACCCUAAUUCAGUACUGACCUUCAAAGAUCUCUGUUGCCUUUCCAUCUCUUGCAGACGCCUCGAUCGAUUGUCCAGCGAUGAUCUUCUCUGGUCCGUUUUACUCUCUUCUGAUUUCCCUCAAACCCAAGAUUCAUCACGUUCUUCUUCUACCUCAUCAUCAUCAACCAAUUCUUCAUCCAAGACCCUCUAUAAGAUCAGGUUUGAGAUAGAAAGAGAACGAAAACGGUUAGUCCAUCGAAGGGCUGUUUUCAGAAUAGAGAGUCAGAUUCUCGAGCACUCCAGGAAACUUCGACAGAUACGGGUUCGGCUAGCAGAAGAGAGUGAGAAAAUGAAGACUGCAGUCGCAGAGUUAUCAAAUUUACACAAAGUCAGGCAAGCUUCAGUGGCAUUGAAAGUGUGGCAGCCAGAAUUUAUACGUGGUAGGCAAAAACAAAUAGUUGAGCAGUGUGCUGUGCCUGCUGAUUCUCGAAUAAAUGCGCUUGAGAUGGAACUUAGGCUUUGUAAGCAGCAGAGUGUAGUAUUCAAUAAGAAUUAUAGAGAUGAAAAGAAAAGGCUUGAUGCAGCAAAGGAACAGUUGGAGUCGUUAAAGUAUCACCCAUUACGAGAUUUUAACUUGACUAGUGGAGGGAUUGGUGAAUGUGGCAUCAAGAAAAGAAAGUUGAAAAAAUGCGUAGACUGUGUAAGCUCAUAUGAAACAAGGCAAAACAUCAUAUGGAUAGGUUGCCUAAUGGAAGAAUUUAGUACGACCUUUUCUCAAUAUCCCCUGGUGUGCACAUUGUGAGCGGAUGCUGGACUUGUACUAGGUCCAUGUUCUGCCUUGAAGCGUGCGGUCCAAACAAGUAUAAUUGCUGACGGUGGUAUCUAACAGUUUCAAGUUGAUGACGGGGUUUCUGACAGUCUUUGUUUCAGGCUAAGACGUCAGGGAGAGCUCUGACGGGAAAGAGAAAUAAAGUCGUUUAGUUUGAUUAUCAACCUAUUCUAUUUCGGAUCGAAGAUGUAUACAUGUAUUUGUAAUAUAGAGGAUGGAUCGUGAAGUGGUGAGAGUGUUGGUUAUGUCAUUCCCUCCUUUACUGUAAUGAAACUUAUGCAAGUACCCAAGAACGUGGUAGUAGGGAUAAACGGGCUGCUUAGCCUGGUCCCCCACCCGGUUUGAACUUUAUCUGACCGAUCCUGGCUGGUCAUAAACACGUAAAUGAAGGCCAAAGAUUGUGGUGCAGUUCAUCCUCAUGUCACAUUUAAGCUUUUUGUAUCAUAUCUGUGCUUUUAUGGUGAGCCUGAAUCGUCCACUCGUAAGGCCUUUCUAGAACUGUUUUAAAGUGAUUCCUAUUUAUAAUGGUUAUAUAAUAGAACUGUUUUGAAGGCCAAAGAUUGUGGUGCAGUUCAUCCUCAUGUCACAUUUAAGCUUUCUGUAUCAUGUCUGUGCUUUUAUGGUGAGCCUGAAUCGUCCACUCGUAAGGCCAUUCUAGAACUGUUUUAAAGUGAUUCCUUUUUAUAAUGGUUAUAUAAUAGAACUGUUUUGAAGCCCAAAGAUUGUGGUGCAGUUCAUCUUCUUCUUCUUUUUUUUUUUUUUUUUUGGGGUUUAAAACAAUUCAGGUAGAAUUAGCAUCUUGUGUCAAUAUUACAUCACUUUGUAUAAUGCUUAUAUAAUAUAACUAUGCCUGGCUUUUAAUCGUA